AUGGGGAGAAGAGGGAGAGCCGGUGUACUACCGAACAAUAUUAUCCUGCUGCAGAACCUAGUCAAGAGGGACCCGGAAUCGUACCGUGAGGAGUUUUUGCAGCAGUACUCGCACUAUGAGUCCCUGCGGGACAUUUUCAUGGUGAAUGGGGCCGGUGUCGCCAGUGCCGGGUCCGGGAUGGACGAGGUGAAUAUCUCUGGGAACGACGACUCCAAUGGGUCGACUUUGCAUCUGAUUGAACUGAUUGGGUUCGUCUCGCAAGUUUGCUCUUGCUUCCCCAAGGAGACAGUCAAUUUCACGCACGAGUUGAAGCAAUUGCUGUUGGAACACCACAAAGUGCUGCCCUUUGAGCUGAAGGAGAAGAUCCUGAUGUGCCUCACCAUGCUGAGGAACAAGAACGUGCUGACGCCAGAGGAGUUGAUACAGACACUGUUCCCGCUGUUGAUCGCGUACUCCGCACAGGGGAACUCGCUUGGGAUAAACACGCACGCGAAGGCGUUGCGGAGACUGAUAUACAACAACUUGGUUUCGCUGUUGAAGAGUUGUAACAGUGGGUCCAAGAACCAAAAACUGAAUAAGAGCACGCAGGCCAUCUGUUUCAACCUGUUGGAUAAACCUGACUCCCAAGGUAUCUGGGCCGCCAAGUUGACUAGAGAACUGUGGAGACGUGGGAUCUGGGAUGAUUCCAGAACAGUGGAGAUCAUGACCCAGGCGGCUAUUCACGAGGAUGUCAAGAUCGCGUUGUCCGGUAUCAUGUUCUUCCUCGAUGCGGACAAGGAACGUGAGGAGAAUUUCGAGGACAAUUCAGACAGUGACGAAGAAGUGGACGUGGGGAAGUUGAGACACAAGUUGCAGAUUAACAAGAAGACUGGGAAGCGUGGUAAGAAGCUCACGACGGCGAUCAAAACGAUAAAGAAGAAGAAUAAGAACAAGGGCGACGGGAACGGUAUCAUGCUGAACUUCAGCGCGAUUCAUUUGUUGCGUGAUCCCCAGGGGUUUGCAGAGGUCCUAUUCAAGGAGCAUUUGUCCGGUAAAAGAACGAACAAGUUCGACAUGGAACAAAAGAUCCAUAUAAUGCAACUGAUCUCCCGUUUGAUUGGGUCGCAUAAACUGAUAGUGCUUGGACUGUACACGCACUUCCUAAAGUAUCUGACGCCAAAGCAGAGAGACGUCACGAGGAUCAUGGCAGCCUGCGCCCAGGCGUGUCACGAGUUGGUGCCCCCCGAGACCAUCAUGGUGAUGGUCCGGAAGAUCGCCGACGAGUUUGUCUCCGAUGGUGUGGCAUCCGAGGUUGCCGCUGCUGGUCUGAACACCAUCAGGGAGAUUUGUACUCGUGCACCAUUGGCGAUCGAGGAGACGCUGCUGCAAGAUUUGGUCGAGUACAAGGGUUCCAAGGCGAAAGGUGUUACAAUGGCCGCCAAGGGUCUUAUUUCUCUGUACAGGGAGAUCGCACCUGAGAUGUUGAAGAGGAAAGAUAGGGGUAAGACGGCCGCCAUGGCAUUGCAGAGCUCGAAGAGAGCCGAUGGCACGCAGAAGAGCACAAGGCCGCAAUUCGGUGUUGAGAGUAACGUCACCAACAUCGAGGGUCUCGAGCUUCUGGCCGAGUGGAAGCGUACACAGGAGGCCGAGGGUGCCGAUGCGAACGACGAUGACGACGCGAACUGGGAAGUUGACGACGAGAAGGAGCAGUCCUCUGACAUUGAGGGCGAAUGGGUUAACAUCGAGAGUGAUAAAGAGUACGACGUCGAUAUGGACAGCAGUGACGACGACAGUGCAGAGAAGAAGGACAAGGCUGAGGACUCGGAUCUUGACUUGAGCGACGACGAAGGUGCAGAGAAGCCCCCAACGGAUAAACCUAUCACCAGAGAGGAAGCGUUCAAGCAGUUAGCGGCGACGAGGAUCCUGACACCUGCUGAUUUUGCGAAACUGCAAGAGUUGAAGACGGAGGACGGUGUUGCCAAAUUAAUGGGCAUAAAGCCCUCAGGUGAGGAUAUCGUCGACGCAAGAACACUGAUCGGACCGAUCAAGUACAAGCAGACGCGUGAGGAGAGGCUGCAGCAGGUGCAAGAGGGCCGUGAAGGCCGUGAGAAGUUCGGCUCGAGACGUGGUAAGCGUGAGAACGCACACUCAUCGACCAACAGGGAGAAGCAGAGGAAGAAGAACUUCGUCAUGAUGAUCCACAAGAAGUCCGUCCAGGGGAAGCAGAAGAUGUCUCUGCGGGACAAGCAGAAAGUGUUGAAGGCGCAUAUCACCAAGCAGAAGAAGAAGGGCCAUUAG